AAUAUAUAAAAGUAGGUAUUGUUUUGUCAAGGGAUAUUCAGUCAACAUGGCUUCAGCUAAGUUUGUAGUAUUCGCAGCUCUAUUGAUCGUUUUGAACAUGCACUGGGCUCAGUGCCAGUUCUACCCUGGAUACGGCGGCUACUACCCACAAGUGAUUGGACGAGACAACGACAAUGACCUGGACUCUAUCCUGCCAAUCCUCAUCCUUGCCAUGUUUGGCAGAAAUGGCGGUUUUGGUGGUAACGGUGGUGGGUGCGGAUGUGGUGGUUGCGGUGGCGGAUGUGGAUGCGGAUGUGGCCGUUGCUGACGCGGAUUUUAAAUUUAAAUUUUAGAACACACCAUUCUAUUAAAAUCUUUAAAUAUAUUUGCUAAAGAAUCCUAACUCCAUUUUGUUCUGUUUUCGAAAAACGAUGUGAUUGAAAAAAAAUAUAAAAACCUGCAUAGUGGAUUUCUA